GUCGAAUCACUCGAGAGUUAAUGGCGGGUAGAAUAUAACCAAAUAAUGUUCUGUAUGUUAGUAGGUUAGGUUAAAUUUGCAAUACAUAUAUUAUGCUGUUGGCAUAUGUGUUUAAUUUUGAAAAGAUGUGUAUGUGAUUUACAACAGAUAUCAAAUCGUGAACAAAACAUUAUGGAUACAAAAUUAAGGAAAAAGGAUGUCUUACAAGCCGUCGUAUUAGCUGAUGACUUUACAACAGCUUUGACUCCAAUGCAGGAUGUAUAUCCAAGCAUUUUAUUACCAGUUUUAAAUGUACCUUUGUUGGACUAUCUAAUAGAAACUUUAAAAAGGUCCAGGGUACAAGAACUAUUUCUGUACUGCAGCAAUCAUAUUGACUCAUUAAAAAAAUAUGUCAAACUAGAAGAGCAUGAAGAUCUUACCAUUAAUUUAAUCAUUUCUGAUGGAUGUAGAUCUUUAGGUGAUGCUCUUCGAGACAUUGAUACAAAAUGCUUGAUACGUGGUUACUUUAUAUUGAUUAGAGGAAAUACGUUUAUAAAUACUGACUUACUAAGUGCCCUAAAUUUUCAUUGCACUAAAGAAAAAAAAGAUAAAGGUGCAGCAAUGACAAUGUUACUUAGAAAUGUUGGUUGCACAAAUGACUCUUUCAUAAAAGAAGAGACUUCUCUCGUAGUGUCUAACAAAGCCAAUAAUAAGAUCUUAUUUUACAAAAAACUAAGAAACGAUGAGAAGAAGAUAAAAUUAGAACUGAAUUGGUUCUUAGAUAAUAGCGAAAUUGAUAUUAGUACGUGUUUUAUAGAUACACAUGUAUACUUAUGUUCACCUGCUGUACUUCCCUUAUUUGCAGAUAAUUUUGACUUUCAAACAAUGGAAGAUUUUAUCAAAGGAGUUUUAAUGAAUGAAGAAAUUAUAGAUGCACGGAUUUAUUGGCAACUAUUGAACUCUGAUGAUUACAGUUUACCAAUUACAUCAUGGAAUGCAUACUAUACUCUUAGCCGUGAUAUUUUACAUAGACGCGGCUAUCCACACGCACCGGGAAUGUUUGGCCCAUUAAGAAACUUUGUUUCUAUGUCUCAAAGUAACUAUAAACACAAAAGUGUUACUCUAGCUAAGGGUUGUAUAUUAGAAAAAGAUUGCUUAGUCGGAAAGAAUAGUACACUUGGACAAAAUACCUUUGUUACGAAAUCUGUAAUAGGCAGUAACUGCGCUAUAGGUCAAGUGGCGAUUAUAAAAAAUUCUUUUAUUUUUUCUAAUGUUAAAAUAGGGAAUGGUUGCAAAAUUAUUGACAGUAUAAUUUUUUCUAAUUGUAAUAUUAAGAAAAAUGCAAAAUUAGAUGGAUGUAUAUUAGUUUGCGAUACGAUGGUUAACCCGCAAAAACAAUAUGUUGAUUCCAUUCUAGAAAUGAAAAAUGCAAAUUUAAUUACAAAAAGAAUGUCGGAUCUCGAUGUUAAUGAAAAAUUAUUAUUUUUUAAAAAUAAUGAAGCUACAGAUUAUAACUAUACAACAGAUGAAUCAAGUACGAACGAAAGUUCACGACAGCACACUCCGAUUCCUGAUGACACGAAUCUAUUUCUAACAGAAGUUAUCGAUAGCUUAUUAAGAGGUUUUCAAGAUAAAUUAAAUUGUGAAAAUCUGAUAUUAGAAAUAAAUUCAUCAAGAUAUGCAUAUAAUGUUACUAUGCGAGAAGUUACAUACAAUGUCAUAAAAGCUAUAUUGAGUUUGCCUUUACAUUACUUGUCCGAAAUAAAAGUUCCAAUGAAUAAUCAAAACUAUCAAAAAAAUUUAAAAAUUAUGAUCAAUUAUUUUCAGCCUAUUAUUUUAAAUUAUAUUAAAACUGAUGUGGCACAAGAAGAUUGUUUACGUGCAGUAGAAGAAGUUGGCAGUGUAACCCAAGAAUUGUUACCGUUUUUACAACAUUUAUUGCAUUUGUUUUAUGAUCGAGAUAUAUUAUCAGAAGAUAAAAUUUUAGAAUGGUAUGAGUCCAAUGAUGAAAAAGAUGAAAUUCAAAACAAAAAAGUAAAAAUCGCAGUACAACCUUUUAUCAAAUGGUUACAAGAAGCAGAAGAAUAUUCUUCUGAAAGCGAUUAAUACAUAAUUAAUAUAAUUAAUAUAUGCAUAAUACAUAAUUAAUAUACAAAA